AUGUCUGGAUCUUCUACGGCGGAGCCCUUGGAAUCAUCCGCAGAGCCCAAGCCUCGAGGACGUCCCUCUCCCGUAGUCACGGCUGAGCGGUCUGCUGUACCCGUAUCUGCCUUGGAGCUGUCGCAAGUACCGGGCAAUGAGCCACUGCCACGAUUGGGAUAUAACGAACAGGGACCUCUAUAUGCGGCAUCUCCACGGCAACUACCAGGAGCACCAUAUCCACUCUCAGCACUGGACCCAACUCAUCCGCCAGCAGGUCGCUCGCUGGCACAAAAGUCAACGCGACGUACGAAAGCCCAUGUAGCCUCGGCCUGUGUCAACUGCAAGAAAAAGCAUCUUGGAUGCGAUCCGGCCCGUCCGUGUCGAAGAUGCGUGCUUGCCGGGAAAGCUUCAACAUGUGUCGAUGUCACCCACAAGAAGCGAGGACGGCCCCCAUUGAAAGCAGAAGAUUCAUCUCUCAGGUCCUAUACCACACAUUUGGAUAAUCCGACUAUUCCAGCAGAAACCCAACCAACCAUGGCCCCGCGCCGGACCAUCAUGCAUCGCGCCACGUCCUCACGAGAACUACGACCCAUGACGGAUCUACAGGGAUUAGGCGAUGUAAACUCAGGAGUACGAACGCCACAUCGGUGGUCCGCUUCGGUAUUUCCUCUGACGCGACCAAUGGAUCCCUCCCCCACGAUGCCGGCGGGUGUGGGUCGACGGCCAUUCUCUUCAUCUGGACCGCCAUCAUACUCGGUGCCGACACAUCCACACAUGCCUCCAGCCUACAUGCCAAUGGCAGGUGGUUUCAAUCCAGUGCUAAAACCUAAUUCCAUGUCUGGCAUGGAGCGGCGGUUCCCAACAUACGGUGUUCCAGCAUUACCUCCGCCAACAUCGCCUCCCCAGCACCAGCUACCACCCGCCGGGACUCCCUUUCUACCAUACUCCGAAACACCCAACAAUCCUAUUCGUCCGCCAAUAAGCGACCCACGAGUAUCGCUGUCACCUCGGGAUCCAUACAAUAUCGAAUCCCCAGUCCGCCUCCCCCCAAUCCACCAGGCCACUGCUGGACCACCGCCUCCUCACCAUCACGUCCAUCGCCUGAGUGACCCCUACCCAACAAAUUGGACUCUUCCAGGUCGAGAAGAGACGCACCAUGACCCUCGCGCCAUACCCUUUCACAGAUCUGCAGGUCCUGCCUUUCACUAUUCCGUCCCUCAUCAACGUUCUUCCUCCAUAACAAGUGCGACUAUGGACCCCAUCCCUCGCCAUCUCGGGCCAGUAGAACUGCCAUCCCCCAUCCAAGCAACCUUGGGCAGCUCACCUUCUAUGCCGAGGGCUGAGCCACCUACCACCGAAGCCGAAGGUCACGACAGCAGACCAAUCAAACGGCGCAAGAUGGCUUUGGACGAUAUGGUCAACGGUUGA